UCUUGAGGCACGAUACUCAAGACAACGCUCAAUCCAAAGCAUCCUCUUUCGACGACAUCAUUUCUCGUGGAUCUCGAUCUGUAUCCGAGAAGGCACUGUCACCAUGAGCUAUAACACCGUUUGCGGGUGUUAUAUCUACAAUCCAAAGGCUCAAACACGCACCUACUUGCCGCAGAUCAAGCUUGAUGCUCACACAACAAUAUUGUCAACAGCAUCUCGCACGGUGCUGACGCAAACAUUUGUCAACCAAUCAAAAGAGUCGUUGGAUGAGAUUAGGUAUGCCUUUCCAUUGUACGAUGGCGUUAGUGUCGUCGACUUCUACUGCCAGGUCGGGGAGCGCACAAUCUAUGGCCUGGUAAAAGAGAAGAGCCAAGCCAAGAAGACUUACAACGAGGCCAAAGAACGAGGCAAAAACGCUGCUUUACUGGAACAACUGCCUGAUGCCGCGGAUGUCUUUACAACUACCAUCAGCAAUAUUGGGGCAGGCUCAUCUGUCCGCAUGACUGUCAAAUAUGUACAGGAGCUGAAGCACGAUGCUGAGGUCGAUGGAGUCCGUCUUACCAUUCCUACAGCGAUUGCCCCGCGGUACGGCGGAUAUCCUGGGGAUUUACAGAAAACAAACACAGCCAUUGACUCAAAGGGAAUGUCAAUCACAGUUGACGUCAGCAUGGCCGAAGGCAUUCCAGUCAAGAAGAUCAUCUCUCCUUCUCACCCUAUACAGGUCACCCUCGGUUCAUUAUCGACCAGUACUGCUGAUGAAGACCCGUCUCUCUCUAGAGGCUCAGCCUCGCUUGCCCUCGAUACCGCGGAGCUCGAAAAGGAUUUUGUUCUUCAAGUGGUUGCAAAAGAUGUCGGCGUCCCUCAAGCAAUCUUGGAAACACACCCAACGCUGCCAAACCAGCGCGCAUUGAUGACGACAUUGGUACCCAAGUUCAACAUCAAGUCGCAGAAGCCAGAGAUUUUUCUCAUUGCAGACCGCUCUGGUAGCAUUUGUCAUCAGAUUCCAACUCUCGUGGCAGCGCUCAAGGUGUUUUUGAAGUCGAUACCCCUCGGCUGCACGUUCAACAUCUGCUCUUUUGGAAACACACACGAGUUUCUUUGGAACAAGAGCCAAAUCUACGACGAAGAUACGCUAGAGAGGGCUAUAAACCACGUUAAUACCUUCGCUGCCGAUUUCGGCGGAACAGAAACGCUUAGUGCUCUUCAAGCAUGCUUUAAAGCGCGAAGUACCGACAGCCCAACGGAGCUCAUAUUACUCACCGAUGGCGACAUUUGGUCUCAAGAAAAUGUUUUCGAGGUCGUAUCCCAGGAGGCCAAGAAGGGUGAUGUUCGUGUCUUCGCCUUGGGAAUUGGUGAUGGCGUAUCUAGUUCCCUGAUUGAGGGAAUUGCAAGGGCAGGACGAGGCUUUGCUCAGAUGGUCGCUGAUAAUGAGAAGCUGGACAGCAAGAUUGUCCGGAUGCUGAAAGGAGCUCUCACCCCGCACGUAAAUGACUAUCGUCUGGAUAUCAAAUACGAAGAUGACAGCAUCGACAGUGUGGCCGACAGUCUUCGUGUACACUUGGAGAUGAGUGACUCGGGCAAUAAGACCAAGGGCGAAAAGGAGACCGAGAAAAAGCCCAUUUCACUGUACGAUCCUGAAGCCAAGGAGGGACAUCCCAAGGACGACGAGGACGAUGGGUUCAUGAAUUGCCCAGAACUCAAGCGUCCGGCACCAUUGCAAACACCUCACGAGAUCCCGGCCCUUUUCCCAUUCCACCGCACUUGCGUCUACUUGCUCAUGGCUCCCGAGUCCUCCCAUCUCAACCCCAAAAGCGUGAUUCUAAGGGGCACCUCCCCACAAGGCCCCUUGGAAGUUGAAAUCCCUGUCCAACAGCGCCAGGAGCCUGACGAGAUGAUUCACCAGCUGGCUGCACGGAAAGCACAGCAAGAGCUCGAAGAAGGCCACGGCUGGAUUUCCGACGCUACCUUGGACGAUACCGGUGUACUGUUGAGAGAAAAGCAUCCAACUGCAUACGCCAUGUUAAAGAGACGCGAAGCCGUUCGUCUGGGCGUCGAGUUCCAAGUUGGCGGGAAAUUCUGCUCCUUUGUGGCCGUCGAAGCCAACGAAGCCGAGAUAGCGAAGAGGCGGCAAAAAGCCCUCUCGUCAACCAUGAGCGGAUCGACCAGCCAAGACGAAGAAGACUGGGAAGUCAUUGAAAACCUUCAUUCGAGCGGCUCCCGUGUAAGGGGAUCUAUGACGGGCCUCGGAUUCGGCAGGGGAGGUGGUAUGGGCAGAGCAGCCGCGAUGGGCGGCUUCCGAAGCGGUUUUGCAAAGUUUACGGCCGCGGUAUCGGAACAAGCGCAAGAAGAGAAAGAGGAAUCUGACGAGGAAAUGGGCUUUGGGCUAUUCGACGAUGAUGAUGGCGCCAGCAUACCUUCCGCUUAUGCACAACCACCAACACUAUUGGCAUCCGCAGCACCAUAUUCGCCCGCGUCACCAGGUUAUUCGGCUGCUUCGCCCGUGCAGUCCCCUGGCUCAGCACGAGGAAACGCACUCGGCUCGCCGAUAUAUGCGUCUGCUUCACUAGCAUCAGCACCAGCACCAGCAGGGAUAAAUAGCCAACACUUCGCUCGCGGGGGAACAGAACGCGAAGAGAAAAAAGAUGAAGAACCACUCCUCAACCGCAUAAUCUCGCACCAAUCCUUCGCCGGCUCCUGGUCUCAGAGCUCCACUUUCCCCUUCCACGACCUGCACCUCGACGCUGCUGCCGUGGCCUCCGCCGCCCGCGGCUUCGCAGCCGAUGCAGCCAUCGCAGCGGGGGAUGUGAGUGAUGCAGAGCGCAUCUUGGCCACGGCGGUGAUUAUCCUGUUUCUCGAGAGGAAAAUGGCAGACGACGAGGAGACGUGGGAGUUGGUGGUUGAGAAGGCGAGGGCGUGGCUUGGAGAUAAGGUAGUGGAUGAGAAGGGGUUGGACGAGGUGUGGCGGGUUGCUGGGGAGUUGGUCGGGGCGUAGUUUUUCUUUCUCUCCUGUCUUCUGGAGUAAGCGAGUAUCUUUCCUUAGUGUUGCUUUGGACAUGGAUCUGGACGCUCAACUGGACAGUUUUGUCCAAAGAUAAGUAAGUACUUACAUGAUUUCACGAGCACGGUGUGAAAAGUAUGCGUAACCAACCACAACUUCACGCGUGCUCAUUUCUCUACAAUGCAUGUGUAAAAUAACUCAGACUUUACAAUAUACUAUCAC